GAACAAACGUGGCUUCAUGAUCUUCAUCUUACUAAAGAACAAGUCACAUGGUUCCCAUCUGAUUCCCCAAAACCCCAUUUCAAAAAAUUUCACACUCCUUCGUUGAUAACAGUAAAAUAACAAAGCCAGGAAUCCGUGCUUUUCUCUACCAAACAAAAAUAACCCAUUAAAAUCUCUGCUCGUAAACUCCAAAAUCCCCACUCCCACCUUCAUUUUUCCACCCACAAACCCACAAAAUCCCUCUUUCUGGUUUUUUUUUUUUUUUACCAACUUACACUUCAAAUCUUUGCUCCCCAUAACUCCAUUUUUUCAUUUCUAAUUUCUGUACAUUUCAUGUAAUCCCUCUUCUUUUCUCUCUCUGGGAGUGGGAGCUCAUCAAUCUUUCCUGCUCGUUCAAGCAAGCGGCUACAUUACAUAUACAUAAUCGUUAGCUUUAAAUGCAAUCAAUGGCCCCACAACUACAUGCUUAAACUCUUUUUUGCCUCUCCUUCUUCCUCAAAUAUUAUAUUGUUUUUUCUGUGUUUGCUGUUUCUUUUGGCUUCAUUCCCUCUCCCCAUGUCUUAGAUUCAGUCUUUCCUUCCAUUUUGCAAGAUUUGAGCAUUUUCCCUGUUCUGGGUUUCUUGUUUUUUUGUAUGUGUAUGUUUUUUUUUUUUUUGGUUUUUUUCUCUUUUGGGUUUGGAUUAUAACCCAUCAGCUCUCUGUUUUCUCUCUUGUAAGAAGGGCACUGGGUUUUAUAGAAGAUUUGAGCAAUUUCCCUGUUCUGGGUUUCUUGUUUUUUCCCACUUUUGGUUUGGAUUAUGAUCCAUCAGCUCUUUGUUUUCUCUUUUGAAAGAAGGGUAUUGGUGAUGAACUGGGCUUUAUAGAUUGAGGGGUUUGAGUAAUUAGAGGCCACAAUGGUUGGAACUCCAACUAAUGGAAGGUCUCGCUUGUCCUUCUCAAUGGUUAAUGGUGGACAGGAACUUUGUCUUACAAGUACCCCAACCAGCAUUGCGGGCUCCGAUUGCGGUGUCAUUGAGUUCAGUAAAGAAGAUGUUGAGGCUUUGUUGAACGAGAAGCUUAAAAGGAAGGACAGGUUUAAUCUUAAGGUCAGUCCCUCCUUUUCAGCAGUUAAGGAAAAAUGUGACAACAUGGUGGAAUACAUUAAAAAGCUUAAACUAUGCAUCAGAUGGUUUCAAGAGCUUGAAUAUAGCUACUUAUUAGAGCAGAAGAAGUUACAAGAUGAGUUGGAAUCUUCUGAGAUCAAGUGCAGUGAAAUGGAAAUGAUAGUGAAGAAGAAAGAGGAAGAAUUGAAUUCUCUCAUUGUGGAACUUAGAAAGAACAAUGCUUUUUUGCUAGAGAAAUUUACAAAAGAAGAAUCAGAUAAGUUGGCUGCAGUAGAAUCUCUCACCAAGGAGAAAGAGGCUAGGUUGAUUAUGGAGAGGUCACAGGCUUCAAUCUCCGAGGAGCUUGCAAGGGCUCAACGUGAACUCUCAAGUGCAAAUCAAAAGAUAUCGUCUCUUAAUGAAAUGUACAAGCGGUUACAGGAUUAUAUUACAAGUUUACAGGAAUAUAAUGGCAAACUUCAUACAGAGCUUUCAACCGCAGAGGAUGACCUUAAGCGUGUAGAGAAAGAAAAAGCUGCUGUGGUGGAGGACCUCAGCAUGAUCAAGGGCGAACUUGCUCUUUCUAAAGCAUCUCAAGAUGAGGCAGUAAAGCAGAAGGAUGCGAUGGUGAAUGAAGUUACAUGUUUAAGAAGAGAAAUACAACAGGUUAGAGAUGAUAGAGAUCGUCAACUAUCUCUGGUUCAGACUUUGUCAGAUGAAGUAGAGAAGUGCAGAGAGUCUGCAGGAAAGUACUGUGAGGAGUUGGAUGAAAUGAAGGCAAAAACAAAUGAAUUAGAGGCAACAUGUUCUUCUCAAAGUUUUGAGCUAAGGGCAUUGCAAAAUCAUCUAGCUGCUGCAGAGAACAAGCUGCAGGUCUCUGAUCUAACUGCAAUGGAGACAAUGCAUGAAUUUGAAGAUCAAAAGAGACUUGUUCUCGAUUUACAACAGCGACUUGCAGAUGCAGAAAAUAAGCUUAUGGAAGGAGAGAAGCUUCGGAAAAAAUUGCAUAAUACUAUCUUGGAAUUAAAAGGGAACAUUCGUGUAUUUUGUCGAGUGCGGCCUCUGUUACCUGAUGAACGCUCUAGUCCUGAAGGAAAUUUUAUCACCUAUCCAUCAUCAGUGGAAUCACUUGGACGAGGAAUUGAUCUGGUGCAAAAUGGGCAAAGACAUUCUUUCACAUAUGACAAGGUUUUCUCACCAGAAGCGACACAGGAAGACGUCUUUGUAGAAAUUUCCCAGCUUGUACAAAGCGCCCUUGAUGGUUACAAGGUUUGUAUAUUCGCCUAUGGUCAGACUGGUUCGGGAAAAACCUAUACGAUGAUGGGUAGACCAGGGCUCCUAGAGGAGAAGGGACUGAUACCUCGAUCGUUGGAACAAAUAUUUCAAACUAGGCAAUCUCUUCAACCUCAGGGUUGGAAAUAUGAAAUGCAGGUGUCAAUGUUGGAAAUAUACAAUGAAACGAUCCGUGAUUUACUAUCAACAAAUCGAUCAGCUUCAGAUGUGCUACGAGCAGAAAAUGGUUCUCCUAUAAAACCGUACUCAAUCAAACACGAUGCAAGUGGAAACACCCUAGUUUCUGAUCUUACAGUUGUUGAUGUUCGUAGCGCAAGGGAGGUCUCAUUUCUAUUAGAGCAAGCUUCUCGGAGCAGAUCUGUUGGAAAAACUCAAAUGAACGAGCAAUCAUCAAGAAGUCAUUUUGUGUUUACUCUCAAAAUAUCCGGUAUCAAUGAGAGUACCGAUCAACAAGUACAAGGGAUUUUGAAUUUAAUAGAUCUUGCUGGAAGCGAACGUCUUUCCAAGAGUGGGUCGACUGGAGAUCGACUGAAAGAAACCCAAGCCAUAAAUAGAAGUUUAUCAUCUCUAAGUGAUGUUAUAUUUGCUUUGGCAAAGAAGGAAGAGCAUGUUCCAUUUAGAAACUCAAAGCUUACCUAUCUUCUUCAGCCAUGUCUCGGUGGGGAUUCAAAGACGUUGAUGUUUGUAAAUAUCUCUCCUGAUUCCUCCUCGGCCAAUGAAUCACUCUGCUCGCUUCGCUUUGCUGCCCGGGUCAAUGCUUGCGAGAUCGGUACUCCUCGGCGUUUAACCAAUACACGACCUUAAGAUUUAUGCUCAAACAUUGCCCAUACAUUGGCAAAUCAACUAUUUGAUAAUGAAAUAUGAGAAUGAUUCUGACUUAGGCUUAGUUAUGUAUAGCAAAAGAGAUCUGAUUGUAUCAAUGAAAGUAAUAUUUUUUUGUUUC